AUGCUUCCUGAUUUCACGCUCGCAGGUGAUGGUGCUGGGGAUAAAUCCGGGGAGGCAGUUGGCGGAACCCGGGGCCCGGAAUCAGCGGCAUUGACCCAUUCUGGGUCCAUCGUGCUCACCGACGCGGACUUGGCAGUGUGGACAAAUGCUGACGAGAGUGACGACGCUGUCCGCGUUCCGUUGGUCUUUAGACUCGUGGCCGCCUUCAAACACGGUCAACUGGAGCGGAUGAAAUCCACCGGAGCGUGGCAGAAAACCUCCGAGUUCACGAGAUGGGAACUGGGCAGUGGACGGGUUCGCUACGUGCAUCUGGCUGGAACGCCGGACUCAGACGAGGCCUCGGUUCGAGUUUCUUUGUUGGAUUCGGACCAGCAGGACACGGAACACACCAUCCCGGCUCUCACGACAAAGAUUCGAGUUUCCUUUGUGGACCUAGGCGUUGUGUUCUUGAGGAACGAGGACUUCGUGCUCCAUGGCUCAACACACGGAAGCCCCAUCACGAAAGAGAUUUUGUCUGCGAACACGUAUCCGACGGAAAGCGAGGAACACAACGUGGUGUACAUCCUGGAGUCGAACCCAUUGUUCGGAACCCUCGAACUAAUGACGGAUUCUUCUCACAACACCAGCGAAAGAACUUUCGCCAAACUGUUGGUUUCCGAAGCGUCUUCUGGCGAAGAAUCGGAUGUUUCAGCAUCUCGGGCAUUCAGUCAGGAACACGUCGACAGGGGACUGGUGUGGCUCACGAUGAACCCACUGGCAUCCAACUCCGCGUCUCCGGUCAAGGAUGAGUUCCGAUUCCACGUGGAAAUUCGUCCGGGGAACCGAACAGGAGGAAACAAUAAUGGGGUUUUAGCUCGCAGUCCGACGGCAACCCUGAAAAUUGUAUUCAUUCCCAAGAACGAAUCCUCAGCCAAACGAAUGCUGCAACGGGAAGUCGUCAAAGAGCUCCAAGUUCUUGAAGGAUCGAAGAAGCCCGUCGACAGUUCCGUGUUGUGGCUCGAAGUACGGGGCUUCAAGACGCUGGAAUUCACAGUGGUUCGACAGCCGUCGCACGGAUUAUUGGUUUCCGCAAGUGGUGGUCCAGUGAGCAUUUUUCGGUCGGAUGAUCUUCUGGUGAAUAGCAGAGCCUUGUCUUACGAUCACGACGGAUCCGAAACUACUGAAGACUCGUUUCAGUUCAUCGCCAAAAGUGGAGAAAACGGGUUCUUUUAUUUUGGCGAGCUCAAGAUUGCCAUCCAGCUGCGCAAUGACAACCCGCCGGUGUCGGUGAAUCAUCAGUUCGGCCUGGAAAACGUGCUCGAGAUCGUCCGCGGCGGACGGAAAACCUUGUCUCGUCGCAAUUUGCACUUCACCGAUUCCGACACCGGAACUUCCGCAUCCGACUUGCUCUACAAAAUCACAGACAACGUCGUUUCCGGUCCGACAUCGCGCGGCAAACUUUCCCCGGGUUUCCACACAGUCGACGACAUCAUCAGCAAAAGGUUGACCAAAGUUUCCGCCUUCACGCAGCAACAGGUCGAUUCCGGACUAGUGACCUACGUGGACGACGGACUCGAGCCUGCGAAAACCGUUAAUUUCCUCGUUUCCGAUGGCGAGUUCCGGACUGAGGAUAGGUUGCGGAUCCUGGCCUCGGAUCCCUUCGUGCGACUGGACACGAACACGGGGCUCGUGGUGCCAUCAGGGUCGACUACCGUGAUUUCCGGCGGGAACUUGACUGCUUACGCCAAUUCGGAUGUAACGAACGAGAAGCUGGUUUAUGCGGGCCUGGAGCUGCCGAGUCACGGGGAUUUGCUGCUCAGGGCCGUGAAAUUGAAGCCCGGCGGCAAUUUCACACAGCAGGCAAGUACCUCCCCGCGAGGGAUUUCCCGAAAGUCUUGGAAUUUGCCAUCAAAUCUGUGCCCGGGGGACAGCAAACCCCCAGGUUCACCCAUGAGCUCUGUACUCCAAAUGAAAGCUUUCGACAUUGAGCUGAACGCCCUGGAGUAUAGACACAAGCACGUCGUGGCCCCGAAGGCAGAGACGUCCGACAGCUUCGCAUUCGCUUUGAAGGACACUUCCAGCGGCCGCGUGGUCCAGGGUCGGUUCGAAAUCAAAGUGCUCCCCAGGGGUUACUGGGCCCCGUUGGUCGUGAAGGCCAACGCCACUAUCCUCGUCGAAGAACCAGACGAACUGAUGGACAUGCAACAGCAACAACACCACCACGACCACCACCAGCAGCAGCGUGGAAGUGCUGGUGCCAGCAGCAUCACGAGGGCGGGGUAUGCUGCUAAACCCGGAACCCGGAUCGGGAAGCAGCACUUGAACGUGGCCCAUCGGGCUGUGGCGCCACGAGACGUGGUUUUCUCUGUGAUGCGCGGACCGGCCUUUGGGGUUUUGCGUUUGGUCGAACAUAAUAAUAAUGAAGGGAUCGAUCGGGCAGCAGAAGAGCCUGUGCGGAGAUUUGAUCAGGCAGCCAUUAAUGCUGGGUCAUUGAUCUACGAGCCGAGGUUGACGGACGGAGGCGAGGAUUUCAUUCUCUUCGACGUCACCAACGGAAUCACAGUUCUACCAAACCUGCUGCUGAAGUUCGUGAUGGUGCCGAAGUUCAUAAACAUGGACAUUGACCAAAUCUUUUUGAGCGAAGGCCAGAGCCAAAUAAUCCUAGCAGAAAGCAUCAGAAUCGUCACGCUUUAUUAUGCCGAUAAAGUCAAGGAAUUCAUCGUCGACAAGUCUCCGUCUCACGGCUGCUUGGAACUCGUUUCAGCCCCCGGAAAGCAAAUAACCACAUUUACCGCUCGAUUACUGAACGAGGGCGUUGUUCAAUACACCCAUGACGGUUCAGAGCUCUUGUUUGACGAAGCUCUGAUUGUCGCGAGGGCAAUGGAUGGCAGGGAAAGUGCUUUGACUCCGAUGGUCUUUAACAUCACCCAGGUCAACGACCAGCCCCCUCGUGCAAAAAUAGAACACAAAAACCAGGUGAAGAGACUCGAACCGAGGGUUUGGCAAGGUGGUCUACUGCCCAUUACCAGCGACAUCUUGGCAUUCGAAGACGAAGAUACGCCGAAUCACAGCGUUGUCUACAAUGUCGAGAGCGUGGAAGGAGGAGAAUUGCUGUUCCUUCAGGACUUUUCAAUGGCUUCCGGGGACAGCAUAAAGCCCCCAGGGCACGACGAUGACGUCAAGGUAGAGUCGCUUCUGCCAGCUAUGCACCAGUCCCCAACGCAAUAUGGCCUCGACGGUGCUGUUGAUCGACAGCAUAUUGUCAGUGUCGGAAAUAGUGGAUUUAUGCUGGAUUUCCGUCCCGUGCUCCAAUUCACUCAAGCACAAGUUACAGGCUGUCUUUUGAUCUUCAAACACACUGGUGGAAACGUUGCGGGUUUCAAGUUCGCAGUUACAGAUGGGGCUCAUGUGAGCCAGACGCACUCACUUCGCAUCUAUGUCGAAAAACUUUUGAUGAGCAUAAAGACGAAAAAAAUGUUGGAAGUUUUUCCUUUGUCAAGUGCGACACUCGGGACGGAAAAUAUUGAGGCAAUCCUGAACGACCCCAUCGGCCCCGACUUCGAAGUGCGGAAAGGAAUUAAACUUGAACACUGGAAUCUUGGUCAAAGAAAGAUCAUUUACAAAGUGGAUGUGCCGCCGAAACUUGGGAAACUGGUCCUAGGGAACGACGGAAAUCGAAAUGACACGAAAAAUCUCGAAGAGGUUUUUGAAUUUUCUCAGCAAGAUGUCGGAGAAAACCGAUUAAUUUACAUUCACGGACCAAGGAUGGUGCAAAACGGUGAUAAACAGGUUGAAAGGAAUGACAUGGAUUCUUUUGAAAUCAAAGUAAUGGACGAGAAACUCGGAGAAACGGCCAGAGCGGUGGUACAUGUCGCCAUCGGUUUGUCCGGGGUGGGUGGAGGCCUGGUGGAUAAGCUGAAGACAAGAAACCUGAUCGUCGAAGAAGGAGCGAUCGCUUGUCUAGUCCCCGAAGAAUCUGUUAACGUCACUCCGCUGUCGCUUUUCAUUGCCGAGCAUCUGGCUAAAAUGUCCCAAAACGCAGCAUCUGCCGACAGCAACGUCGGCUCUUUGUAUCCUUUGCCGAAGAUUGUCGUCAAACUGAUGGACAAGCCAAAGCACGGUGCCAUUACCGAAAACGGGCGCAGUUUGCAUCCAAGAGAUGGCUCUCCCAUCGAAUUGCCUGCGACGUCUUUGUCCGAAGGAUUGAUCUGCUAUGUUCACGAUCAUUCAGAUACUCGAAAUGACUCCAUUCCAUUAGGAUUUUUCCUGCGGAAAGAACAGACGACGCCCAUGACAGAUAUUCGUCUAUUCAACGCGAGCUUGACUGUCAAUAUCGAUCCCGUGAACGACCAGCCAUUCACGCUCGUGACGAAACCCUCAGUCGUCGCUGUCGUGCAAGGAAUGACAGCGACGUUGUCACCUGAAAAUGUGCUGACGACAGACCCGGACACCCCACCGGAGGGCAUCUCCUACCAAAUCGUCGAUGGGCCGAAACUCGGGCGUCUCAGGAUGGAGCUUCCGCAAGGCAGUGACAUCUACAGUUCCAUAACGUUACUGCAACACCCAUCAUCCGGCGAUGCCAAGUUGGGCAGUCAGCAUGAUCCAGCAGCGGAAGUGGACUUGGAUCUCUCGCCGGGUUCGUCUUCGUCCCGCGGCACGGGUUUGGUCUUUACCCAGGCUGAUAUAAAUGCCGGGGUGGUGAAAUACGAUCAUGGGGUUCCGGAAGUGUCGGCGAAAAGGGGAGACUUCACGAGGAGGAAAGAUGCAUUCGGGCUCACUCCGGACGCCUUCUAUUUCAAAGUGUGGGACGGUCACUUCAAGCCCGUGUUUCAGAGAGUGCAUGUCAAAAUAGUACCACUGCUGAUGACGCUCAAGAACCAUCGACUCAUCUCCAUCAAGCAAGGCAGCACCGUUGCUUCGAUUAGCAAGGAUCAACUGUCGGUCGACACCAACGGUGAUCGAAAUAAGGUGUUCUUCAACAUAACGAAACCCCCGAAGUUCGGAAAAAUCUUGGUCAGAGACAACGGUCACGAAAAGGUGAAGGACUUCUUCACGCAAGCCGACAUCGACGCAGAUCGCGUCAUUUACCUUCAAGCUGAUAUAAAUGCCGGGGUGGUGAAAUACGAUCAUGGGGUUCCGGAAGUAUCGGCGAAAAGGGGAGACUUCACGAGGAGGAAAGAUGCAUUCGGGCUCACUCCGGACGCCUUCUAUUUCAAAGUGUGGGACGGUCACUUCAAGCCCGUGUUUCAGAGAGUGCAUGUCAAAAUAGUACCACUGCUGAUGACGCUCAAGAACCAUCGACUCAUCUCCAUCAAGCAAGGCAGCACCGUUGCUUCGAUUAGCAAGGAUCAACUGUCGGUCGACACCAACGGUGAUCGAAAUAAGGUGUUCUUCAACAUAACGAAACCCCCGAAGUUCGGAAAAAUCUUGGUCAGAGACAACGGGCACGAAAAGGUGAAGGACUUCUUCACGCAAGCCGACAUCGACGCAGAUCGCGUCAUUUACCUUCAAGUGAACAUGUCCUCCCAUGAAGACGGAUUUGCAUUGAAGCCGUUCGAUUUCUUGGGUGAUCAGCUGCCCGAAAUAUACAUGAAAGUUAAAGUUCAACCCCUGUUGAUGACGAGAACCUUCAACAUAACUUUUGGGGAAAAGUAUCCACUGACAACUGCUGUUCUAAGUGCAAGCCAGCUGGGUAAAAUGAUGGGAUCAGACCCAGUUUUCGUGGUGAAAAAGAAGCCAUUGAAUGCAAAGAUAAAAAUCUCGACGAAAGGGAAGACAGAUGCCGACGACAAGACCGCCGAAAAGCGAGGCAGAACGAUUGCUUUCAGUCAGUCAGACUUGCGAGAGCGUCGAAUUUAUCUGAUUUCACGUCCGAGCAGCGAAAGCAACAAGCAACAAGGGAACAAACUCGAAAGGGUUAUUGUGAACGACUCUCUGGUUCUGCUCAUCACUUCCGACGGGGUUCAGCCUGCGGAAGCCGAGCUGAAAUUCCACAUAGUGCCUCGAGCCAUGCGACUGAACACCCAGCAAUCCCGGGCUGCGGACUCCGUGAAACCCAACGAGGAACCCAACUUGUCUAUCCCAGUGUCCCUGGACGUCAUGAGUAACCCUUCUAUAACAAAGGACUCCUGGAUUGUAGCUUGUGUUGUGGCUGGGAUCGUGUGUCUCUCGGUCCUCGUCAUAGUGGUGGCUGUAAAAUGCGUGAUUGCCGGGAAGAAAAGCACGCCCUGUGGCAGCAAUUGUCCGGGAAAGUUGGCGCAACAAGAUAAAACGGAAGCUGGGGAAGUUCACAUGCUUGUGGGAGGAAGCAUAGUGCAGCAAGAAGAAGUUUCCGACAGCAUUUCAACGAUGAAUCAGAAAAUAGAAACCCCGCCAACAACUCAAAAAACUGCCACAUUGGGCCGGAACCGGAAGAAAGAGUCUAACAAUACUCGCGACGUGGGCCAAGUCAGUCUCCUUCCCGGCGACUUGCUGAGGCAUCAGCAGCCACUUGAACCCAGCUGUCAUUCCCAAGGCGGAACAGUUAUUCUGGAAUCAGUCCAAAUAACGCCCGACAGCAACUCGGGGAAAACUGAUGACGCGUCCGUGUCGUCUCGGGCUAUAAAAAUCUCGACGAAAGGGAAGACAGACGCCGACGACAAGACCGCCGAAAAGCGAGGCAGAACGAUUGCUUUCAGUCAGUCAGACUUGCGAGAGCGUCGAAUUUAUCUGAUUUCACGUCCGAGCAGCGAAAGCAACAAGCAACAAGGGAACAAACUCGAAAGGGUUAUUGUGAACGACUCUCUGGUUCUGCUCAUCACUUCCGACGGGGUUCAGCCUGCGGAAGCCGAGCUGAAAUUCCACAUAGUGCCUCGAGCCAUGCGACUGAACACCCAGCAAUCCCGGGCUGCGGACUCCGUGAAACCCAACGAGGAACCCAACUUGUCUAUCCCAGUGUCCCUGGACGUCAUGAGUAACCCUUCUAUAACAAAGGACUCCUGGAUUGUAGCUUGUGUUGUGGCUGGGAUCGUGUGUCUCUCGGUCCUCGUCAUAGUGGUGGCUGUAAAAUGCGUGAUUGCCGGGAAGAAAAGCACGCCCUGUGGCAGCAAUUGUCCGGGAAAGUUGGCGCAACAAGAUAAAACGGAAGCUGGGGAAGUUCACAUGCUUGUGGGAGGAAGCAUAGUGCAGCAAGAAGAAGUUUCCGACAGCAUUUCAACGAUGAAUCAGAAAAUAGAAACCCCGCCAACUACUCAAAAAACUGCCACAUUGGGUCGGAACCGGAAGAAAGAGUCUAACAAUACUCGCGACGUGGGCCAAGUCAGUCUCCUUCCCGGCGACUUGCUGAGGCAUCAGCAGCCACUUGAACCCAGCUGUCAUUCCCAAGGCGGAACAGUUAUUCUGGAAUCAGUCCAAAUAACGCCCGACAGCAACUCGGGGAAAACUGAUGACGCGUCCGUGUCGUCUCGGGCUGUCAGCAGCCGUGGAUUACCGCCGCAGGUCCGACAGCCAGUGGACGUGCAAACUAUUUUGCGACGACCAGCGAUGAGUAAUUCGCAGGCCAAUAACGCCGGCACUGCGACCCUGGGGCGAUAUCCCGACCAGCAUCAUCAGCAACACGUUGGCCUGAUGGUGUCACAGGCCUUCAGCUGCAGUGCUCAGUGCUGUUCAAGAGGCCCGGCUGCGAAUGCGUCACUGUCGUCUUCCCCUGGGAUGAUCUGUGAUACUUUCGCUCAGCAGCAACAACAGCAGCAGGGGAACACUCGCUGUGGCUGCAUAGACAUUCCUGUCGUGUCCAGCAAGACACUUCAUCAUCGCAGCAGCCAACAGCAAUCCUGUUGCCCUCCAGGCUGCGGCUCAUCAAUGCCACGGGUGCGCCAAGAUCCGAACCAACUGCAGCACCAUCACAACCAGCAACCCGUGUUACCCACCACCAUCACCAAAGUGAAUCCCAACCCACAUUCUUCCAUGGACCAGGACCAUAAUCAGCAGCAGGUGAAUAAAGCUCAUCAAAGCACGUUUAUUCCGCCGAGCUGCUGUGCGUCUGUCGCUGCUGCUGCUGCUGGAGCGGCGGACCAAAUGCGAGGAGAUUCCAACGCAACUUUUAGGGAACCAACUCUUAGAAAAAACCAAUACUGGGUGUGAUUGUCUAUAAUAAUAAUUUUAAAAAGGAGAAAAUUCAAGAUGGAUGAUUUCUGCCGUCGAAUCGAGCGUGUCGGAAAUUCGCGAAUGCAGGGAUCUGAUCUGAAGGAAAUUCAUGCGUUGCACAAGUAUACUCGUGUUCGAAGGGGAGAGAUUCAAUUUUUUGUUGUUGAAAAUUGUGACUGCUUAGGCAUAAUAAAAUUAUUUUCCAAGCGACUCAAAA